AUGGCAACGAUAUACAUGGACCCGUCCAUCCAGCGGUUGCUAAACGAUAAGCUUUACGAUAAGAGGAAACAGGGUGCUUUGGAGCUCGAGAAGACGAUCAGGGAAUCUAUCGCGAGAGGUGACCAUACAAAAAUAAAGGGAAUAAUCGAUCAGUUAUGCCAUGAAUAUGCCUACGCCGUACACCAGCCCCAUGCCAGAAAUGGAGGCCUAAUAGGCCUGGCGGCGGCAGCUAUUGCUUUGGGAUCCGAUGAGGUUGCACCCUUUCUGAAAGAGAUUGUGCCCCCAGUAUUGGCAUGCUUUACUGGUCAGGAUGCUCGAGUUAGGUACUAUGCCUGUGAGAGCAUGUAUAAUAUUGCCAAAGUAGCCAAGGGGGAGAUACUACUCUACUUCAACGAUAUCUUUGAUGCUCUGUGCAAGCUAGCAUCGGAUUCAGAGCUGUCGGUAAAGAACGGUGCAGAGCUCCUCGAUCGAUUGAUAAAAGAUAUCGUUGCUGAAUCUGCAGCCUCCUACGUUUCUGCGCUGGACGCCCCACGGCCGGACAUAUCAGACGAAGAGGAUGGAAAAGACGUAGACGAGCUCGAGGAUAUACCCACGGCAUUUUCACUUGCAAAGUUUAUACCUCUCCUUCAGGACAGGAUAUUCGUUCAAAACCCUUUUGCUCGGAAUUUUCUCGUCUCAUGGCUUACCUUAUUGGACACAAUACCCGACCUCGAGCUUGUUACCUACCUGCCUGCAUUUUUAGGGGGCUUGUUCAAAUUUCUCAGUGAUACAAAUCGAGACGUGCAUACUGCAACUCAGGGGUUACUAGAAAGGUUUCUCAAUGAGAUAAAACGAAUAGCAAGAGUUAAAAAGGGUAUUGCUGAAAGUCGGCGUGACCAUGAGAGUGGACAAUCAAAGGCAUCCGCCAGUGAUAGUAAAAGUGUUGACUCCGAAUUGAGCAUUUCACAUGCUGUGAGUGACAAUGCCAUUGCAGACUCCGAGUCUGCCACCGCCAACGAAGACCAUCUUAACAACCCUUAUGGUGACUGGGUGCCCGGUCAGGAUGUUCAUGUCGACCACUCGAAGAUACUGGAGAUUCUUGUCAAUUUCGUUGACACUAAUUCAGAGGAUGAAAUUCAGUUAACAGCACUCCGCUGGAUUGAUAGCUUCUUCGAAAUUAGUCCCGCAGACAUAUUGCAAUUUGUUCCACGGCUUCUGUCCCAAGUACUCCCGACCCUUUCAAGCGGCUCGGAUGAAGUAAGGCAGGCAGCCAAUCGUGUGAAUAACUCUCUUAUGCAACAUAUCGUCUCUCUGACGGAUGAAGCUCCUCAAAACGAGGGACCCAAGACAUCCCCUCCCCUUGCAGCUGUUCAGGCUAGCAGUAAGGAAGGGGAGGGCCGCCGAACUCCCACUCCCGUUACAAGACAGGCAUCAAUAGCGUCCAGCAAACAAACGUCACGGCCGGCGUCCAGGACCGAACCAACUUCUGCAUUAGCAACUCAACCAUCAGAGCAAACAUUGGAGCAAACAUCAGACCUGGACUAUGCUGCUGCGGUCAAUGCUCUUACUCUUCAAUUCCUAAAUGAAAACGAAGCCACAAGAGUUGCUGCACUGGCGUGGCUCAUAAUGCUUCACCGAAAGGCUCCCCGGAAAGUCCUUGCUUUUCACGAUGGAACGUUUCCAGCACUCCUUAAAACACUCUCAGACCCCGCAGAAGCUGUUGUCACUCGAGACUUGCAGCUUUUAUCCCAGAUAUCUCGAAACAGUGAAGAUAGCUAUUUCACAUCUUUCAUGGUGGAUCUCCUCCAACUAUUCUCGACGGACAGGAAGCUCCUUGAAGGCCGUGGUAAUCUUAUCAUUAGGCAGCUUUGCAUGAACCUGAGUCCAGAACGAAUAUAUCGAACGCUAGCAGAUUGUCUUGAGAAGGAAGAGGACAUCGAAUUUGCCAGUAUCAUGAUCCAGAAUCUCAAUAACAACCUCAUAACCGCCCCCGAGCUUGCCGAUCUCAGAAAACGAUUAAGAAACCUAGAAACUAAAGACGGUCAACUGUUCUUCGUUGCCCUCUUUAGAUCAUGGUGUCACAACUCUGUAGCAACAUUUUCCUUGUGUUUGCUUGCUCAAGCUUAUGAACAAGCGUAUAAUCUUUUGCAGAUAUUUGCUGAGUUAGAAAUGACUGUCAACAUGUUGAUUCAAAUAGACAAACUGGUCCAGCUACUCGAAUCACCGGUAUUUACCUACCUUCGCCUGCAACUCCUCGAGCCUGAUAAAUAUCCUUAUUUGUAUAAAUGCCUUUACGGCCUUUUAAUGCUGCUCCCACAGAGCUCCGCGUUCGCAGCGUUGAAGAACCGCCUCAACAGCGUCAGUAAUAUCGGGUUACUGUAUGCUGGAGUGCGACCGCCGACGAUGACUGGAUCAACGAGCAGUGGACCAUACGAACGUUCCGGAAGACUUAAGGCUCGCGAAGAGAGUGCCAUCCGAUGGGCCGAUCUGCUUGACAAGUUUAAGAGUGUCCAGGAACGAUCGAGAAGAUCUCGGCGUAGAUCUCAGAGAGAUAUUGAAUUGGACAGGAACGGGAUAUCAGCUUCACCUAUGGCUACGACAACACUUCCCCUUUAUGGAUCAAAUACCGGAGGCAUCGACAGGACGCUUUCCGACAUUCCGGUCAGUGCCCUCGGGAUCGGAGGUGGUGCCCGACGUCAAGGGGCUCAAGGCGAUUCUCUUGGGGCCCAGAAGGGCGGAUCGACGGCAAAGCCAAAGACACCUCUUGGGACAUUUGGUCGGUUAAGCGGAAUCGGACAGAGGAAGUCAAAGAAAUGA